AUGCCGCCGCCGCCGCCGCCGCAGACUCUGCUCCUGGUGGGAGGGGCGCUGCUGCUGGGCCGAGGCACAGCCUCCUCCCUCGACUGGGGAGCGUCGGGGAGCCUGAGCCUCCCUGAGCGCGGGGAAAGCCUGCGCUUCUUAGGACAGCUGAAGAGCGUGCCGGCUCACCGGUGCCUGCGGGACAGAACCCAUUUCCGACGGCCCUGGGAGAAAGGAGCUGGCGCCCGGGAGGAGCGGCAGGAAGCCACCUGGUGCUACCCCGAGGUGCUCAGGCAGGUCCUCCACCUCUUCGGCUCAGAGGCCAGCAGAGACGCCUGGCCACAGAAGGCUCUUGAGCAGCUACUCACAAAUGUGCUCAGUGACCUGCGAGACACUCGACGGGGGCCGGCGCAGCGGCAGGGCCCGUCCUGUUCGCCACCUCUUGCCAUGGCCAUCCGCGAGUACUUCCGAAGAAUCUCCCACUACCUGAAGGACAAGGGAUACAGAACUUGCUCCUGGGAGAUCGUCAGGACAGAAAUGCAAGCGGCCCUUUCCGGGUUCCCGGGGCCGGCCGAAAGGAGCCCCGAGAAGAGCAGAGGCUCCCUGGAGGGAUCUCCACUGAGAUGA